AUGAUGGAGUACACCCGACUCGGCCAGUCUGGCCUCAAAAUAUCCAAGGUGGUCCUAGGCGCCAUGUCCUUUGGAACCUCCGACCAGAUGAAAUGGACAAUCCCAGAAGAACAGGCAUUGCCCAUCCUCAAGCAUGCCCUUGACCGAGGUAUCAACACCUGGGAUACUUCCGACGUCUACUCCUUCGGCGACUCCGAACGCAUCAUCGGCAAAGCCCUAAAGCACUACAACAUUAACCGAUCAAGAGUCGUCAUUCUGACAAAGUGUUUUGGGGGCAUCCCCACACCCGAGGACUUUGAGGGCGCAAAAACUGAAGAGGAGAAGCUCCGCAUAAUGUCCGCCAACGACGGUGUCAUGGUCAAUCGCAUCGGACUCUCUCGCAAGCACAUAUUCGAUGCCGUCGAUGCUAGCGUCGAACGAUUAGGCACGUACAUCGAUGUCUUACAAAUCCACCGACUGGACCGUGACACACCCCGCGAGGAGAUCAUGAAGGCACUCAAUGAUGUCGUCGAGAGCGGGAAAGUGCGAUACCUCGGCGCAAGCUCUAUGCACACCUGGGAAUUCCAAGCCCUAAACAACAUCGCCGCCCAAAACGGCUGGCACAAAUUCAUUAGCAUGCAAGACUACCACUCCAUGCUGUACCGCGAAGAGGAGCGCGAAAUGCACGCCUACUGCCGCGACGCCGGCAUCGGUGUAAUCCCUUGGUCCCCGCUCGCCCGCGGUCUCCUUACACGGCCUUACAGUGUCACUAAGGAGAAGCCCACAACCCGCUCAACGACCGACAUCUACUCUGACUUUCUGAUCGGACCCGUCACGGACGCAGACGUCAGCAUCAUCGGGCGCGUUGAAGAGCUCGCGAACAAGAAGGGAGUUAGUAUGGCGAAGGUUGCUAUCGCGUGGAGUUUGGCUAAGGGGGUGAACCCGAUUGUUGGGCUUGCGAGUGUGGAGAGGGUGGAUGAGGCGGCGGAGGCUGUAAAGCUGGCCAAGAAGGGGUUGUUGAGUGGGGAGGAUGUGAAGUUCUUGGAUGAGUUGUAUGUGGCCAAGCCGGCGCUCUGGAUGGGGGAUUAG